AGAACAUGAUGUAAACAUUAUUAUAAUGAUCCAUCCAAUUCUGUAGUAGUUGUCUAGUUGAGAUUCGUUUGCCAAGUGGCACGGUCAUGCUCCGGCGAGGCCAGCUUACUAGUUUGACCUUGCACUGGUGAGACCUGGCCUCUUUGCGCUUUUCAAUUGCUAAUUGAUAAUCUGAUACCCACCUUUCUCAAUCUGUCAUUUGGAUUUCUUUCCAUUUGGCCAUUUUCCUCCUCGUGCUGUCGAAGAAGCUACAUGGCGGCGAAAAUACAGGAACUGGAGCUGGUUCUUUUCAUGUGAUGUUUGAUUGGAAGAAAACAGAACGCGGGCAUAUCUAGAAAGAUCGUGAGGUAUGGCUUGGAGAAAUGCGUGCGACGAUGUGGCUCAUUCGAAGCCUCUGUUCUUGACGAUCUACACAACUGUGGUCGUUGGCAUCGUUGUUUCGUCCUUGUAUGUCUUCUCCGCCAUAUAUUCGAGCAAGCCCGCUGGUGAUGCUUCUGGCUGGCUCUCUUCUCCUUCCCCCCUCGUUCCGGGUUCGGAGGAGCAUCAACGACUUACAGAUCAAACGCCUGACUUUUUAAAGCCAGAUAUAACACAUGCUGUGCCAAAUUCUGCCCCAGGGCCACCAAAUAAGUGGGAAAGACCUAUUUGGGAAGUUCCACCACAGAAUGAAAAGAUGCCCCCUUUGAAGGCUUUCCGACUGACCAAAGAGUUGGUUCAGCAAAGGGUGAAGGAUAAUAUCAUAAUAGUGACCUUUGGUAACUAUGCAUUCAUGGAUUUUAUUCUGACUUGGGUUAAACACUUAACAGAUCUGGGACUUUCUAAUCUUCUUGUAGGUGCCAUGGACACCAAAUUAUUGGAGGCAUUGUAUUGGAAGGGUAUACCAGUUUUUGACAUGGGCAGUCACAUGAGCACAGUAGAUGUUGGCUGGGGAUCUCCAACAUUUCAUAAAAUGGGGAGAGAAAAAGUUGUUUUGAUAGACUCAAUCUUGCCUUAUGGUUUUGAGCUGUUGAUGUGUGAUACUGACAUGGUUUGGUUUAAGGACCCACUCCCAUAUCUUGCUCGUUAUCCAGGGGCAGAUGUUUUAACUUCAAGUGAUCAAGUUGUACCAACUGUGGUUGAUGAUAGCCUGGAGGUUUGGCAAGAAGCUGGUGCUGCGUACAAUAUUGGAAUUUUCCAUUGGAGACCUACAGAUUCUGCCAAAAAGUUGGCAAAGGAAUGGAAAAAAAUGCUUUUAGCUGAUGAUAAGAUAUGGGAUCAAAAUGGAUUUAAUGACAUUGUGCGCAAACAGUUAGGACCUCCUGUUGAUGAGGACAGUGGACUUGUUUAUGCGUUUGAUGGAAAUCUGAAGCUGGGAAUUUUGCCUGCAAGUAUAUUUUGUAGUGGACAUACAUAUUUUGUCCAGGCAAUGUACCAGCAACUCAGAUUGGAGCCCUAUGCAGUGCACACAACAUUUCAAUUUGCAGGCACAGAAGGAAAGCGCCAUCGACUUCGAGAAGCCAUGGCCUUCUAUGAUCCACCAACAUACUAUAAUCCACCUGGGGGUUUAUUGUCAUUCAAGCCAUCAAUCCCAAAGCACAUGUUGCUAAGCGGGACCCAUACUCUGGAAUCGCAUUUUUCUCUUGUUAACUAUCAAAUAAAACAGAUAAGGACGGCACUUGCUAUUGCUUAUCUUUUGAACAGAACACUGGUCAUGCCUCCUCUAUGGUGCAGAGUUGAUAGGCUAUGGUUUCCUCAUCCUGGUACUUUGGAGGGGUCUAUGACAAGACAGCCUUUUCUUUGUCCUUUGGACCAUGUAUUUGAGGUGAAUGUCAUGUUGCAGGCACUCCCAGAGGAAGAGUAUGGCCCAGGUAUAGGCAUCAGAGAGUACUCAAUUCUUGAUAAUCCUUCUAUGCCCUCAGAGGUGAAGAAGUCUUGGCUUGAUGUUAAUCUCUGUAAAGAGGGGACCCCAGAUUGUGAUGCAUCAAAUGCUACCACUGUUGGGGGGGUACUUAGGCUUCCAAAGCACAGCAAUGAUGAGACGCUCAUGAAAGUAUUCUCAUCGUUCAAGGAUUUGAAAGUCAUCCAGUUCUCUUCAAUGCAAGAUGCUUUUGCAGGUUUCACUGACAAGAAAAGAGAAGAUAAAUUCAGAAAACGUGUCAAGCGGUAUGUGGGAAUAUGGUGCUGUGUGAUGGAACACAAUCCUGGUCACAUAUACUAUGACAUGUACUGGGAUGAAAAGCCUGGGUGGAAACCAAUCCCUCCUCAAUCACCUGGGGAUGAUCGCCCACCUUGGUGAGACCCCUAAUAAACGCUCAAGAUGCUGCGACCACUGAGGAAACAUAGAAAGCUGGGUUUCUACUUUGCAAGAACGGCGGAAUUUCUAGGCAAGCCAUUGAUGUGACUAAGCGAUCAUUGUGCAAUAAUAGUGAGCAAAAUUUUGACUUUGUAUCAGGGGCAAAAAGCAGAUUAGAAUAGUGUAUAAGGGUGCGCAAAUCCUUGUUCUAGCCUUUGAAUUACUUUCCGUUUAGAACCAGCGUUUCCCAUGUUGUGUAUUAACGUUUUCUUUUUCUUUAUCCAUAUAGCGAUUGGAAUUGAGAGCUCUUGGCUACACUGUUGAUGCUUUAAUGAGCAAGUCUGAUUGUGUACAUUUUCUCUA